AUGGGUACGUGUUUUCAUCUUCGGGUCGCUGCAAGAAUCCUUGUCCAUCAGUUGUUUACAUCAGGACUAUAUCUAUGAUGGUUUGGCAUGUUAAAGUGUAUCUUAAUAUAAACGGUUAUGUUGUUAAAUUGUACGAAUAAGCCAAUUGAUACUUUUUAAAACGGAAUUAUUGUAAAACAAUGUCUGACAUGUAACAAGAUGGCGGCUCUCAUGGGCUAGUCUACCUUUGACUUGCAAUUGAGCGUAAUUUGCAAAUAAUUCUCGAAUUUCACUCAGUCUCUUGUAAUGUCUGUUUCUUAGUCUAUUUUAUCCCAUUAGCGUUAAUAUACCUUUCUGUGUUGAAUUGUUUGGUUGAAAUAUUGCUUGCGAUUCCUCGUUAACUAGCUAGUUAGUGAUGUUGCAAUGAUUAGCUAGCGCUAGGCCUUCGGACGUCUUCCACGUUUUCGCUCACUGAAUUGAUUACGUUUCAACUAAUGCAUCGCGGCUAAAUCUGCAUGGUUAGGAAGUUUAUCUACUAGACUGUGUUCAGUGUCUAACUAGACUAGGUAGUAUGUCAGCUGGCUACUCUUAUCUCGCUGACACUAUGCUAAUGGCUACUCACAACCACGCUGGCGCAGGCGAGCCAUGUGUAGUUGUAGUGGUUCCCAACCAGCGUCACUAGGACCCCUAGGGAUACUUGAGACCAUAGGCCUACUGGUAAGUUCCACGUAAGGGGAACCUCUAUUCGGAGAAUCUGUGUGCUUGAGUGAAUAUGAUGACAACUAGGUUUCCGAGAUUACUGUGCGGAUAACCACCUUGGAGAACUGACACUCAAAAGCACGUGAAAGUAACUGCUUGGUUAGGUUAAUUCGGCGGAGUUUGCGCCUUCCUCACCAGUGUCUUGCUUCUGUGACCCAGGUAUCUCUAGGGACAACUGGCAUAAACGCCGCAAGACCGGCGGCAAACGAAAGCCCUAUCACAAGAAGAGGAAGUAUGAGCUGGGUCGUCCUCCAGCUAACACCAAGGUAACGACUACACCGACCACCUGUAGUGAUGCUACGGGGUCGACUAAGCUAUAGUAACUCAAUCUAGACUUGUUGCCUGUGGUGAUGUCGGUAGGGGAAUGUGGAGUAGUAGCUAGUUCAAUGGGAGUGUGGAUUUCAUGCGGUGUGGAUGAUUAGACAUUGACCAUAGGUAGGUCUGUUUUGGCCGUUUUGGUUCAAUUUUUAAGGACCUACCAAUGACCCGGACUGUCAUAGUUAUUACACUGACACACCGAUGCCGAACAAUGGGACACGUGUAGCCACUUGGUAUCCCUAUGCACAUAAUGCAAUUAAUUUACUCUUAUGUAUUUUUGGUUUCUACUAAAACAAAUGUUGCCCGUCUUUCCCCAUGUCCUAGAUUGGACCCCGUCGUAUUCACACGGUGAGGACCCGCGGUGGCAACAAGAAGUACCGCGCUCUGAGGGUUGACGUGGGCAACUUCUCCUGGGGCUCUGAGUGUAAGUCUCUCCUCGCUCUGGCAUGUUCUUUAAGAUCAUCACUAUUCCCCUCAGCUGGAUGAGCUGAAGUCUUUCCAUGAAGAUAUCCAUGUCCAGUUCUGCUACUGAAUGCUUGUGACGAUAUUCAUGACUCUGAGAAAGACUAAAGCUAGAUUCACUCAUUAAAACCAAACAUUUUUGUGAUUGAACUCAAUUUCACCCCGUCUUUAGCAUUUUUAAUGCUACCUGAAAUCUAAUGGUCCUUGUGUUCAUUCUCCAGGCUGCCGUUGAAGCAAAAUGUUUCAAAACUCCAGUAAUUUCACAGCAUUUUGGUGGUAUUGACACACUUUAUUCUUCAGGCUGCACUCGUAAAACCAGGAUAAUUGAUGUGGUGUACAACGCCUCAAACAACGAGUUGGUGAGAACCAAGACCUUGGUGAAGAACUGCAUCGUCCUCGUGGACAGCCUGCCCUACAGGCAGUGGUACGAGGCCCACUUCGCCACUCCUCUGGGACGCAAGAAAGGAGCCAAGCUGGUGCGUACAAGACUGUCCCAAAUGUAGCCUGUAUUUCCUUACACUGCUACAAGCGCUUUUUCUGCUAUGUACCAGUCAACAGAUUGGCUCCCAAAUGGAGCCCUGUUUCUUAAACCUUUUGCCGUAAGGCUGACAACGGCUACGGCUGUUGUGUCCCAAAUGGUAACCUUUGUCUUACCUAGUGCACUAUUGUCCAGAGAUGUGAAAAUUCAUGUUUGUCCAUAAUGUUGAUUAGGAUCUCUGGUCUUCUAUGAAGAUACCUUUUGUCCAGUUCUGCUACUGAAUGACUGAUCGAUAUUUGUGAUUUUUAUUACAAGGCAAGUUAACUGAGUGACACUAAAUGUACUGUUGAAUGGGAUGUUCUGAUUUUGCAGCUAAAUUACUAGUGCUCUUACCAGGGGCAGCUGCACUAUUCAAUCACAGGAUAUAUAUUGCAGCAUUGUGCCCAUUUAAUCGCCUAACGGCAAUCUGUCUUUCCUGUGUUAAGACUCCUGAGGAGGAGGAAGUGAUUAACAAGAAGAGGUCGAAGAAGAUCCAGAAGAAGUUUGACGAGCGCAAGAAGAACUGCAAAAUCAGCUCUCUCCUUGAGGAACAGUUCAUGCAGGGGAAACUCCUUGGUGAGUCCACAGCCUCUACUGGUUAGCGCUGCCGGCCCGGGAAACACUCCUGGACGUCCUGGAUCUACAAAGCGUCUGAGUAGGAGGUUCUAGGGUCUGUCCGAAUCGGAUAUCUUAUUAAAAGGCACACCUACUCUGAGCUUUGUGGAUACAGGCCCAGGUCCUAAUUAUAGCAGUGUUCUUCGAUCCAUAUUCUGGUACUGAGUGUGCAGGCUUUGGUUCCAGACCACCACUAACAUACGUGAGUGGCUCUAAUCGUGGUUUUCAGAACUGGCUGAAUCGGGUGUGAUGGUGUAGGGCUGGAACAAAAGCCUGCUCGCCCUGUAGGUCUCGGAAUUAGACUUGGGGGGGGGGGGGGCCACACAGGAUGUGCAGGCUUAGGUUCCUCCCUAGCACUAACACCUAAUUGACUCAAUUUAAUGGCACGACUUGCACACCCUGUGGGUCUGGAACUCUGCUUUACAAGGUUCAUGAUGAGAUCCUACUGAAUCCUCAGCGACGAUACGCCUUACCAAUUUUCUGAUGGGGACUUCUGUUACUUGCUAGUUGGUGCGCUUGUCUUUUGACUUGGUAAUAUCCAUGUCUUGGCUUUUCCGCCGCUCUCUCUCCCUCCUUUCUCCACUUUCAUUAAGGCUCUCCUCUCUCUCCCUCCCUGCAGCCUGCAUUGCCUCCAAGCCGGGCCAGUGCGGCCGGGUCGACGGCUACGUGUUGGAGGGCAAGGAGUUGGAGUUCUACCUGAGGAAAAUCAAGGCCAAGAAGGGCAAAUAGUGUACAGCAGUUUGAUACUACAUCAAUAAAAACAAACAUCCCACAUCGCUGUCAAGGUCUUUUUUCUUUUAGCGUUAUGAUCUUGGGUGGUUGACUACUGUAGAGUACGUUUUUGAUUUAACUAAACUGAUUCAGUUUUGAUUCCUGGACACGGUUGGUUUUAGUAGUCUGGUUCAAUUCUGAAUGUGCUUCAGCAAACUUGACAGUUAUUCAACUGAGUUGGCUGAAGCACAUUCAAAUCUGUGAAUGGGCUGUUUGUGAGUUUUGAGAUGGUUGCAAUAAGGGCCUUCCUUAGUGGUUUAAAUGGGGGUUGACGAGUGUAAUCUUCCAAUAGGGUUUUGUUUAGUUGGUCUUUUUGCUGCCGCAGCACUGUCUAGUGCCAGGUUUGCCAUCUCCCUGGCUCUCCUGUCUCAUUCCAGUGCCAGAUUAACCUCCGCCACAGGCAGAAGGGCUGGCCACAACACUGGCCCCUCCCUUUCGAUGGCAGAGAACAAAUAUGAAAGGUUCAUUGAAAUCUGCUGAAUAAAGUGAAAUCUUGGAA